UCCGCUUUCGUUUUCUUCUAUUUUCCAGCAUGGCUGAUAAACAAACUGUUGUGGACAAUAUUCUUUCUUCCAAAAAUGAAGAAGAUAAAUUUAAAUCUAUUGUCGUUGAAAACAGUGAAAUUAUAGAUUUGGACGAAGGGCUUUUAUUAGCAGUAAACGAUAAUAAAAUUGAUUUAAAAGAAUUCAGAAAAAAUCAAGAAGAAACUCUCAAGUCUUGUGCCAGAGAUGCUACACAAGUCCUUUUUAAUUCACUUUGGCAGUUGCCCGUUGAACGUGUGGAAGGAAGCUACCUAAUAACUCUGCCUGAACCCAAGACAUGGCUGCCUCGAGAAAAACCAGUUCCAAAGAAAAAACCUUUAACAAAAUGGCAAGAGUAUGCAAAGGCUAAAGGUAUAUUAAACAAAAAGAAGUCAAGAAAAGUCUGGGAUGAAGUUACACAAGACUAUAAGCCACGCUGGGGUUACAAUAGGGCUAAUGAUUCAACUAAAGAUUGGCUUAUUGAAGUUCCAGCCAAUGCAGAUCCCAUGGAGGACCAGUAUGCUAAAAGAAAGACAGCUAAACAAGAAAGAGUGGCCAAGAAUGAGUUACAGAGGUUAAGAAACAUAGCCAGAACUCAGAAAAAGAAAGUUCCCGGUGUGGGUUUAACACCAACAGAGCAGCCAAGUAAAGACUACCUGUCUAAAGCCCUUGCAAUAGCACACAAAUCAACAGCAUCUAUAGGCAAAUUUACAGAAAAACUAGCUAAAGAAAAACCUUCCAAAUAUACUGGGAAAAAAAGAAAGUUUGAGCCAACUAUAGGAAAUCUUUCUCAAGAAAAACAGAAACAGCUGCAAAUCCUAGAUGUUCAUGCAAAGAAAAUUCCUAAAAUUGAUGUCACAAAGGCAGCGAACAGAGCUCUAAGAGAAGAGGAUGAACAAAGAUCCCAAAGGAAAAGUAAUAAAACUCCCAAGAAAGUCAGAGGGAGAAAAGCCAUGCUUGGAUUAGGCAAAAAGGGAGGGAAAGUCAGGAAAGGGGGAGGUAACAAGAAAACCAGAGGAAAAAGAAAUAUUUGAUUUUUGUAUAUAGUGGAUAAAAUUUGUAAUAAAGGAUUGGUAGCGAA